AUGCACGAACCGGCGCAGGCAAUUGCCGAACAGGCACCCUAUCCACAGUUCCAAUUCCCGCAAAUCCAGCAGAACCCGGCUGCCGGCGUCGUGAUGCCCACGGAAAUGAAGGUGGCCGAGCCCGAACGAGCGGAUGUCAUCCAGAGAUUGGGAGGGCACACUGCCGCCGCGGUACCCCACAAUUGGGCCUAUUUCCACAAUGAUGAGACGGCUAGCAACUCGCAGCUCAGCGACGAUGCCGAGCCUACGUGCUCCGACGAUUUGGAAAACUUUGCCAAACAGUUCAAGCAGCGGAGAAUCAAGCUGGGAUACACGCAAGCGGACGUGGGAAUCGCCUUGGGAACGCUGUAUGGGAACGUCUUCUCGCAGACGACGAUAUGUCGAUUUGAGGCUUUGCAGCUAUCGUUUAAGAAUAUGUGCAAGUUGAAGCCCCUGUUGUUCCGAUGGCUAGAAGAAGCCGAUUCGACGUCAUCAUCGCCAAAUUCGGCCUUUGAGAAAAUGACCGGGCAGGGAGGGAGAAAGAGAAAGAAGCGUACAUCGAUCGAGAUGAAUGUGAAGAGUCGCUUGGAGUAUUACUUCCAAAAGAAUCAGAAGCCAAACGCGCAAGAAAUCGCCCAGGUGGCUCAUGAAUUGACGCUGGAGAAGGAGGUGGUCCGCGUUUGGUUCUGCAAUCGACGCCAAAAGGAGAAGCGCAUGACGCCCCAAUAUCAACAGGAAAUGUUGCUACAAAACGUGCAGUACCCCCACGAAUUCCUAUACGGUGCACCCGGCAUUCCACUCCAAGCACCCCAUGGA